AGUCCCAAAACAUGAGGACUUCUGCCUGAUAGAUCACAUAAAGGAGGAAUUAAAAAAAAAUUUUAGAAUAGUUUCUGAUUCAGCUUCUUGGCUCAAGAAGAAAGAAGCUAGCUGUUUUUCACCUAGGAGUGGUCUGACUUCUCCAUGGCUUCCUGUCGUGUUUGUGACCUCAGGGUGCUGGUGGCCACUGUGUGUGGACUGCUGACGGCCAUCGUUUUGGGACUGGGCAUCUGGAGGAUUGUGAUUAGCGUUGAGAAAGGAACAUUAACCCCCACAGCAAACACCACAAUAGAGUUCUGCAGGAAUGGUGGAACCUGGGAAAAUGGCAGAUGUGUUUGUCCAGAAGAGUGGAGAGGAUGGAGAUGUACAAUCCCUUAUUUCUGUGAAAACAGUACCUCUGAUGAUUUAACUUUUGCCAGAAUUCCGGUGGGAAAAUAUGGAUCUUCCCAGCAAACAUGUGGUGAGAACACUUUAAAUGUGGGCUAUCCAAUAGCUACUCGGAUGUGCAAUAUUUCUAUAUAUGGAGAAAUAGUAUUAGAAAAUGUGACAAAAGGAAAUUGCGAUGAAAAUCUGGAAACCCUGGAAAACAAGAUAGUCAAUAUGGUAGCACAGCUUGAGAACAUUUCUAGUGAAACUCAGAUUUUAACAUCUAAUGUCAGUAAAAUGACUCCUGAGAACAUCACUUCUGCUGCUAGAGUGGUCGGAGAGAUCUUCAACACAUCCAGAAAUGCUUCCUUUGAGGCAAAAGACACUGCUGUAUCGACAGUGAGUCAACUUCUAAGUGUCGGUGAAGAUGUUUUUCAACAAGUUCCGGUUGCUGCUCCUGAUGACGCUUUGACAACGCUUAUUCAACAAAUGGAGAGUUAUUCCUUGUCUUUGAAUAGCACUUCAGUGGUGAAACCUAAUGUAGCAGUACAGACUGUUUUAUUCUCUACAAAAAGCACUGUGCUCUUCUCUGUGAAGAAAGGAGAUAGUGAUUCUCUCAUUUCUGGUUCCAUAACUGUGGACACAAAUGUGAGCAACCCUAAUCCAGAUGCAGAGACUGAACUUCAAAUUUUGCUCAAUACCUCAAAAAGUAACACAAAAUGUGGCUUUAUAGUGUAUCAAAACAGCAAGUUUUUCCGAUCAAAAAUUUUUAAACCUAAAUCAAAUUUUAGUCAAAAAAUUAUCUCAGGCAAAACUGAUGAAACAAAAAAAGAUCAGAAAACUUCUGUUGAAAUUGUCUUUAACCCAAGGUAUGAUCCAAAAACGUUCCAAAUUCAUUCCUAUGCCUGUGUCUAUUGGAAUUUUAUAAAAAAGGAUUGGGACACAAAUGGUUGUCACAAACGGAGGGGCACUGAUGAAUUCUUGUACUGCCACUGCAACCAUACUACGAAUUUUGCUGUAUUAAUGAGUUUCGAAAAGAAAUAUAAAUAUCCUGCAUCACUAGACAUAUUAUCCAAUGUUGGAUGUGCGCUGUCCAUUACUGGUCUGGCCCUUACAAUUGUAUUUCAGAUUGUCACCAGGAACGUCAGAAAAACCUCAGUAACCUGGGUGUUCGUCAGCCUGUGCACAUCAAUGUUGAUUUUUAACCUCCUCUUUGUGUUUGGAAUCGAAAACUCCAAUAAAAACUUAGUGAAACGUGAUAAUGGCACCAAUAAGAUGGAUUCUGAUAAAAAUGAAAUACCCACGCAAGAUACUGUUGUCAUCUCGAAUCCCACCUGCACUGUGAUGGCUGUCUUGCUCCACUAUUUCCUGUUAGUGACAUUUACCUGGACUGGAAUCAGUGCUGCCCAACUCUAUUUCCUGCUAAUUAGGACCAUGAAGCCUCUUCCUCAACAUUUCAUUGUGUUCAUCUCUUUAAUAGGAUGGGGAGUCCCAGCUAUCGUGGUGGCUCUGACAGUGGGAAUUAUUUUUUCUCUGAAUAGAAAUGAUCCACAAUGGGAGUUAGAGUACCGGCAAGAGGAAAUCUGCUGGCUGGCAGUUCCAGAUAAAAAAGAUCUUAUAACUAGUCCAUUUUUAUGGUCAUUCGUCUUACCUGUGACUAUUAUCCUCAUCAACAAUAUUGUUAUAUUUAUUAUCAUCAUAGUCAAAGUGAUAUGGAAGAAUAAUCGCAAUCUGACAAGCACAAAAAAGGUUUCAUCCCUAAAGAAGAUUCUUAGUAUGUUAUCAAUUGCAGUUGUUUUUGGAAUUACCUGGAUUCUGGCAUACCUUAUGCUAAUUGAUAAUGAUGUCGUCAGGACUGUCUUCAGCUACAUGUUCUGCCUUUUCAACACUACUCAGGGAUUGCAAAUUUUUGUCCUCUACACUGUCAGAACAAAAAUCUUCCAGGAUGAAGCUUCAAAAGUGUUGAAGUUGCUGUCACUAUCCACUGGGAGAAAGAAGUCAUUGCCAUCAGUGACCUCACUGAGGCUGCGUGUGAGGAUGUAUAACAUGCUCAGGUCAUUUCCAGCCCUAAAUGAACACUUUAGGCUGCUGGAACCAUCUGUAAUUACAGAAGAAACUACACUCUCUGAAAGUGACCAAGCAAACCCAAGCAUCUAG